GUCUUUUUUACUUUCAUAUGGUAGCUUCUAUUCAGUUGGUGCUGCUUUUUUAUUUAUUCCUACGUGAGCAGACCAGUAUAGUUCUGGCAUAUAAACUGUGCAAAUUACUACAUAAAUGAUAACUUAUUUCAGCUUUUGGAGUUACCUUUUCACUACUCAAAGCUUUGGUUAUCUGUGGAGGUCUAAAAGGAGAGAUUUGCAGCAGGUAAUCCCAGAUCUUUCAGUCUGCUUUACUUGUAGGAGUCCUCGACCACCUUCUGCUCUUGUCAUAGUAUACCAAGGAAUGUCAUCAUGUUUGUUGACUGUCAAAGACUACAUUCCAUUGGGGAUAAUCCACCUCAGCCAGAUGUUAAGAAUGAUUGAAACAAGAUUCUUUGGGUAACACAGAAUCAAAUGUUGACCAUAUGUGUACAUUUCACCAUAAAAACUGAUCUUCAAUGACCAAAAAUAUUUUGUUUGGAUCUUAACCAUUCAGACGUACCUAACCUUAUAUCUGCAUAAAUCAAAUCAAGGAACCUACAGUGCUUCAAUACGUUUCUUUCAGUUAAUCCUGUUGGAUGCUUUGUUUUUAUGUGGGUUCAACUCACUGGCUUCUGUGCAGAUAUUUAAGAAUAAACUUAUUUGUAAAAGUGAGAAGAUGGGACAGAAAGGGGAAACAAACUUAAAAGAAAAAAAAUGGUUUACUAUUGACGGAUCUAUUUUUCUCACAAAUCUAUGCAUCAGGGAGGGAAAUACCACAAACUGUUUUUAUGCUUGUUGUUUACACUCUAUGCAAAUGCAAAAUAGGAGGUAUCAGAUAUAUAUGUUUACUAUUUAAGUGAUAAAUAAUAUUCUAAAAGAGUAAUAAAAAAAAAGAAGAAGCAGAGAAACAUUCACAAUUAAGACCAAAUCAAGCAAAAAAAAAUAUUCACUCAAUACAUCUGUUUUGAUUGGGUGGCUUCAUGCCCAGUUUUGUUCAAAUGACCAAAUGAAAUGGGUCGCAAAGAAACCUAUUAUCUGCACAUGUUGAAUUGCGACUCAAUGGCUCAGCAAGGCAUCAAAGUGAGACCUGUCCUCCUGAAAAGGAACAGCCUGGAUUCAGUUGAUUUUAAGAGACAUCCACACCAUCGCAGGAGCAAAUCACAACAAGUCCGAUUUAAAGAGGAUGGAGCAGAUAAUCCAACAGUUGUAGAAUCAGAGCUAGAGGCAGGAGAUACCCAAGAUCCAUCUGUAUUGGAUAAAAUACAAACUUCCCAAGUCCAUAACUUAUUAAACGAUUCCCUCUGUUUGCCGCCAUCUUGCAAAGGAUUACAAAAUAUUGCCAUACAGACUUCUCCAAGCCUCAGGAAGCACUUUCCAGUGUUUAAAAAGAAAAGAAUUACAACAAGCAAGUCUCUAACGGAAAUGCCAAAAGAGUCUGAAUAUGCUUUUCAAGUCAACGGCAAUCUUUCUCAACAGGACAUUAUUUCGUCUAGUCUCUCUUACUUGAGUAUCGCUCAGCGUUUAAAUGAUGGGCCAAAAGCAACAGCAAAUACUUUAUUCCGAAGGGUACCUAAAGCACAAAGCAAUGGCCCUGUCCAUUUGGGUUCUGAUCAACUCGCAAUAUUAGAAACAGCCACAGUUUCUACCCAGGUCCCUGAAUAUGCACACCUGGGUUCUGCACUAGACAAUUUUUCCAUUUAUCCGGACACACAAGUGGACUUAAGGAGCUCCACUGAUCCUUCUCCCACUAAGAGGGAAUCUGAAGAAAUCUGUUCUGUGCUAGUGGAGUCCGAAAACCUGACUUGUGUAAGUCAGAACUGUAAUGAUGCGCAAAUGGGUCAGAAUUCAUGUGAAGAGAAAUGCUACACUGAGCUGCCAUCUAAGAAUGACAUCAGCGCUAAGGAAAACUUUCUCCCAUUGUCUCAGUUUCACCACAAUCCUUUACCCUGCUCUCUCCCAGAGCCUCAGCAGUCAGUACAACUGCAAGUAGACACUGGCCCUAAGAUACAGAUGAAUGACAACCAAACAACAUUAUUCACUAUCAACAGUGUGUCACCCCUUAUUCCCUCUUGUCAAUCUGUAACAGAAAACAUUUCCACUAAUACCAAAGUGCCACCGUACAACAACUGCUUAGAAGGCUUUCACAUAAAUGCCUAUCUUUCAGGGGCUGAAACAAAAUCGGAAAAGAAAGAGAUUAAAGAAAUUAAUCAAAUUCAUUUGGCACACAGUGAACUCUGUGCCCUACAAGGCAGACUUCAGUCCGUGGAGGAAUCUUUGCUGUCAAACCAGGAGAAGAUUAAAGUCCUCUUGAAUGUAAUUCAAGACAUGGAAAAGGCCAGAGCCCUCAAUGAAGGACGGAACUUCUAUCGCACUGGUCAAGAUCUCAACAAUUGCAGCACUUGCCAGAACACCGCAUGUAUCAUUUACAGCGUAGAACAUGACUUCAGGCAACAAGAAGAUAGGUUUCAUCAAGUUUUGAAAGCAUUGGAUCAAGUGGAAGAGAGUCCUGUUUUGGUGACACUGCAAAGACAGCCAUCUGAUCAUCCAGUCCCUGAGAAACAGGAAAUAAGAAGAAAGGCGAAGAAAAAGAAAUGCUUCUGGUGGAUUUGAAAACCUUAAAAGAUGGUAUCAAACUUAAGAUUUAGUCUAAAUCACUCUUGGCCCAUCGUGAAUAGACUUUACAUGUAUAAUCCUCAUCUUUUCACAUGCUCUGAUUUUCUUCUUCAUUUAUUGAUUUGUGGUAAUUCUGUUUUGCCAUGAUUCCAAUACUGGGAUCAAAAAUAAUGGCAGCUAGGAAGUAAGGGAAAUAUCAGAGCUGGAGAUCCAUUUAGGAAAAUAAAGAUUUAUUUGAAUGCAGUAUGAGCCAAGUGGAAAGCAUUAUUGUGUGGUUGUGGCAGCGGUGGUGGUGGUAAAUAUUAUGGUCAGAAAUAUGCCUUUUCUAAAUCCAUGUAGAGCUCAAUCUAAAAAAGUUAAAACUCGUACAAUGUGAUGAGAAAGCCACUUGCUUGAUAUUCAGAUCGAACUGUUCUGAAACAGAGGACAAACAGUAAAAUGAAACCUUACCUUUCCUUCUUUCCAUAACUUCCUUACCAAGCAAUUCUGUCAUCUGAACAUAACACGAGUAUGAUGGAAAUAGGAACUUGUUUAGCCAACUUGAUUCAGGAUUUUCUGGAGCUGACAGGUUUCUGUUUAUAGUUAUUUUUUAAUAGCUUUGUUCCCUGACAAAUUGCUUUAUAGCAAUUCUGUAUCGAUUGUACCAAAGUGCACCUAACAUUUUUUUCAUAAUGUAUUUGUUUUAAAUAAUCAAAGCUAGCAGUCGGCAAAAAUGUUGAGACAGCAAAUAUGUUAAAAUGUUAAGAAAUAACCUUUUUUCGUCCCAGCUUAAGUACCUAAUUUUAUUAGAGAAAACAUGGCUUUGGGGUGAAAACCCUAUAUAACUGUAGGAAUCCAUCUAAGGCACAGCAGUCCUUUUAGAACAAAAAGGACUGAACUAUUAAUACUUAAACAUUUUGUUUUAAAAAAAACUUACUCUAAAAUUAGUGUACAGGUAGUCCUCAACUUACAACCACAAUUGAGCCCAAAAUUUAUGUUGUUCAAUGAGAAAUUAGUUGAGUGAGUUUUGUCCCAUUUUACAACUUUUCUUGCCACAUUGGUUAAGUGAAUCACUGCAGUUGUAAAAUUAAUAACACAGUUUUUAAGUGAAUUUGGUUUCCCCAUUGACUUUGUUUGCCAGAAGGUCGCAAAAUGACUCUGGGCAGUGCAAUUGUCAUAAAUGUGAGUCAGUUGUCAAGCAUCCAAAUGAAAUCACAUGACCAUGGGGAUGCUACAACGGUCAUAAGUGUGAAAAAUGGUCAUGUUCCUUUUUUCAGUGCUGUUGUAACUUUGAACGGUCACUAAACAAACUGUUGUAAAUCGAGGACUACCUGUACUAUAUUUUACUAGGAAGAACAACAAAAAAAAAAAGAUAUGGAUUAUAAAAUAAAGUGUAUUAUUAAGAGAGUCAUGCCAGACUAUAAGAAACUUUCAGGAAGAUUCUUGACAAAAGCAUUUGCUCAAGGGACAGUCUCUUUGAUUUGAGAUAAUUUCCUAUACAAUAAAGUUCAGUCACUGUAGAAGAAAAGGUUUUUCAAACUUUUUUAACAUGAGAGAUUCCAAGCCAAUUUGUCUCCUGCUUAGAGGAGGUCUUACAUUCUAAAGGAAAAAAGAUCUAACUCAUGAAUUAGAGUCACAUGAAAGUGAACAGAAAUAAAAAACUGAAAUCAAUCAACACAGAAUAAUAUAGUAUUGGUUUUUGGUUUGUUCAUUAAAUAUACUUAUAUUAAAUAUAUACUUAAAUAUUUGUUCAUUAAAUAUACUUAAAUAUAUUAAGCAAGGUUCCUAAUUCCUCCAGGUGAGAUUUCUUCAGAAAUGAUAAUCUGGAAGGAGGACAGAACUGGCAAACAUGGAUCCUUGUCUUUUCAUUCUUUUGAAAAAAAUCUGUGAGAUCAAAACCUCCAGUUCAUAGAAAAGGGAUUCUUUCUACAAUAUAUUUUCUAAAUCUAAUUGAAUAAGUGGAAACAUGAAAGCACUUUGUUUUUUUGAAAACUUCAUGAACAGGAAAAUGAUUUCUAUAUCAGGGGUGUCAAACUCACGGCCUGAGGGCCAGAUGCGUCAUGCACUGGCCAUGCCCACCCCAGUUUAAUGAAGGGGAGGUGAUGAUACAUUACAUGAUGACAAUGUGAUGAUGCAAGUUUGACACCCCUGUUCUAUAUAAAUUGAAAAAUAGCUUUAUUUUAUUAUUUAAUAGGCACAGUAUACUGUAUAUAUGACCAUCUGAAAGCCAAAAAAGGGUAAAUUCAAAUUCUGAAUAUUUAUAAUAUAGCAGACUAUCAACAAUACUAACAAUUUUAAAUCAGACAAAAAAAAGAGAAAAACACCCAUGGUUUUUAUGAAAGAUAUUUCUUAGUUUACACCAAGAGUUUAAAUCAAAAUGUUGUUUCCAAAUAGUUGGGCUAAGUAAUUUCAAAUUUUUAUCUAUUUCAUAACUGCUUAUCAUGAAAAUACUAUGUGUAAUUCUGUGAAAUUAAAUAUUUUUUAAACUAGACAAUUUCAUUAAAUGCAGACUCCAAAAUACUGAAAUUACUGGCAGCCACAAGACUCAAGUUAUUGAUGUGCCUCUAGUAAUGGUAAGGGUGGUUUUUUUCCCAGCAUUUUACCACAGCUGUACUCAUUGAAAUAGUGGACCAUUUUCACAGGCCCAAAUCCUAAUAACUGAGUAACUAGAUGGAAGAAAUCCUGUAAUUUUCAGCAGUCUAUGUUAUCAUGACUGGCAUUCAGCUUCCAAUUACAAUCCAUGAAUGAUCUGUUCCUAUUGUCUGUCCUUCAGUCCAUAAAGAUGAAUACUGGCAUCCUAACCAAGAUGAGGCAGCCACAUAAUCCAAAUUUGAAUUUCUUUGCUGGAUCUAGUCUUAUCCUAUAGGCCAAGCAGAAUGUAGAGCAAAAAAGAAAAAAAGAAAGGAAAAUGUUGCUUUGUUGGAUUUGUAACAGCAAUCUCUUUUAAUAGUGGAAGAGAAUCGUCUACCUCUUUCUUUCCUUUGAUCAGCAUUGAGAAAGAUGGACAAGGAAGCCACCUGUUAAUGAGACAGACCCAACAUUUCACACCUUGCUUAGGAAUUUCUAAAAAAUGCCUUGCUGUUAAAGUUGAAAAUGAAAUGCUUGGGGAAAAAAACAUGAUCUAGUUUAAUCUAGGAGAGCAAGUACAUUAGUAAGUGCAAGUUGUAAGAAGAAAUUUUAGGAAGGGGAAAUAUUAGGCUCCCUAGAUCUUCAAUAGAUCUCCCUAGAUCUUUAAUAAACACAAUUUAAGAGUUAUUGACAUAAGGUUUAUUGCUCAGUAUUGAAAAGUAGUCCUUUUUUUUCCUUUUUAAAAAGUGCUGAUAGCUGAGGAUGAUAUCAAUCCAUAUCCAGAAGACCUUAAUAGUAGGACUGCAUAAACCUACUACCCAGUUAUAGGUUUCAAUAACACUAGCUGUAUUCAACUUAUGGUAUGCUAUGAAAACAUGGGGGGGGGAAGUAAAGAGCAGAAACAUUUGUAAAAUAUUGUAUAGCACAUAUUGCAUAUUCUGAAUUUAUUGUACUUGAAAUUACUUUGCUCAGCAGAGAAAAUGAUUUUCUAGGAAGAAAACUGGAAGAAUAAAACAGUUUUCUUUGAACCACAUCUUCAAUAAAAUGAUUAUUCCCAUGGUACAAUAAAUACCUUCUCCUUUUACUCACAGCCACAACUCUUGAUAAACAGGCAGCAGACUCUAAUAUAAAUUACUUUCCUGAUGAACUGUACUAAUCAAAUAUAAUGUUUUGUAUAUUUCUAGAUUCUUUUAUUGGCAUAAUCUCUUUUGCAAUAAAUUGACAUAUUUUC